UUAAUUCAAAAAUUUUAUAUCAUAUAAUGUUUAACAACAAUUGUCUCCCUUUCGAAGAGUUCCCAUGCGAAGAGAUUGACCACUACUUCAGCUUAUUGGCCGAUGAAGAUCCUAUCAGCCUUGACUGGAGCGGUGAAAAUCAAAUGAAUCUUUUUGAAGAAAUAGAUCUUUCAACUGAAUUACUCUUCACAUUGGAAAGAGAGAAAUCAUAUGUCAGCAGAUCUCAAAGCUAUAAUACACGGAUAAUAACUGAAGUAAUAAAUGUUGACCAAAUAAUAAUAACAGCUCCAUAAUGGCAUUGAGUCUUCACAUUUUAAUUCAGUCUCUGUGGAGAUACAUCUACAUGAAGCAAGGUAGAAGAAGCCAGUCAUAAAAUAGUGAAGGACUUUGAUGAAAACAGUUCAGAUCUUUUAUAAAAGACUUGAAUUUAUGAUGUCCUAAUCCUUCAUGCUUUAUUCCUGUCUUCU